AUGAAUCGCAUCGCACGCGAAGACGUCGCGACGGAAGUGGCGACGCUGCAGCCGCCGCCGCCAGCAGCAGACGCAGCUCGUAGGUACAACAUACAACUGCAGCCGCGAGCGCACGUGACGUUUGACGACAGCGUCGUGGACAACGAGCACCUUGGACGCAGACGCUCGAAGAAGUGCUGCGUUUUCCACAGGAAGAAAGAGUUUGGCGAGAGCUCGAGCGAAAGCAGCGACGACGGGUCGGACGACUGCGACGAUGCGGGUGGCUGCGAUGGUUCGGGUCAUGGCCGACAACAGGACUGCAAGCACGCGAUCUCGCGUCGCACGAGGUCGAAAAAGCGACUGCCCCCUCCAUCAGCUUCGAACGACGAGGAGGAAGAGAAGGCACGUGCACCGAUCGAGCGAGGAGGGUGA